UGUGUGUUUUCUCGCCUUUCCCAGGAGAGCUCUCCACCUGCAAAUCCAGAGGCUGUGAAAUUCCUGAGGGCAUAUUCUCGCUGUGGUCCUGGGAUCAAGCCGUGCAGGCUGCUCUCCCCAAGGCCUGCCAGAACGAAAGCAGAGGCAGACACAGAGGCUCCAGAGGCACUAGGUGCUGAAACCAAGAUCCAGGUGGAGGGCAAGAGCAUUGACUUCAUUAAGCACAAUGCUUGCAACGCCAAGCGGGCCCCACUGCGGCGCUCCCAGUCCUUGCAGGCGCUGGCUGAGCUGCUGGAACAGAAGCACCGGGAGCAGGAGGAGUACAACGCCAAGCAAAAGGGUCACAUCCCCCAGUACCUGCUGGAGAGGAAGGAGCUGUGGCGCAGACAGAUGGAGGAGCGGCUGCAAAACCUGCCAGAUCCCGACACGCCACCUGGUCAUAGCAUGAUGCCGGAGGGCCAGCGACUGGAGACCCUUGGCAAUCUGAAGCAGAGCCAGGAGCAGCUGAUAAAGGACCUGGUGAUGCUUCCAGUGCACGCAGACACCCUCAGCAUGCAGAAGAGGCAGGUAGACCUGGAGAGGAAGCUCUCCCAGAUAGAAGAGGCCAUCAAAAUUUUCUCGAGGCCCAAGGUCUUCAUCAAGCUGGACUCCUGA